AUGCGUGAUUUCAUAUGCUUUCAGAAAGCACAACCAGAGGUGGAGCGUUCAAGGAUAUCGUUGCGGCAGAAGCGUGAUUUCUUUGCACGUAAACGUUGGAGUGAUGAGCUGGUGCCGAUUGGACGACUCGCAAAACGUGGCGCAAUAUUCAGACGCCUCUCAAUGGAUGGCGUUUUCGAACGAAGCAUUAAAUUCGGUAUCGUAGCACAGUAA